AUGGAGAAUCAUCCCCGGCAUAAAAGCAAUUCCUCCGGCGACAACUUCACUUUUCCGGCGAUAUCACCAGACAUGGAAUUAGAUUCCGAAUUAGCAGACCAUUUGUUCUCCAAUGGCAAAUUCCUCCUCCACACUUUUCCCAUUCAGCCAAGAAGCUUCAUCCUUUCAAGAACCAGCAGCGUUAGUAGUAGUAAAGAUUCACUCGUGUCUUCCCGGAGCAACAGUACUAACAGCCGAACCAGCAGCAGUAGCAGUUGCAGCAGCGCCAGAACAAGCACCAGUGACGCUUCUGCCGGAGUUGCUGUGAAAAGCAAGAUCUUCCUUGAAAAAGGAAGUCGGAGCCCUGUUCGUUACUGUAACAAUUAUCAUCAUCUUCCCGCUCAAAGGUGGCAGUUCAUGGCGCCGGUUCCGAUGCUAAACCGCCGGCCUUCCCAGAGAAGAAAAGGUGAAGAGAACAGAAUUGGGUCGCCGGAGAAGAAGAAAUGCACUCCGAAAAAAGGGUAUUGCCGGAAGUUUUUCCGGUGGGUUGUGUCAACAUGCAAACGUUGUCAUGCUAUGGAGCCUUGA